AUGGAGAAGUUUGACUGCAUUGUGGUUGGCGCAGGAUGGUAUGGCCUGGCCGCCGCAAAGCAGUAUCACUGCACGCAGCCAGAGUCUUCGCUGGUUGUCUUCGACUCCCAGCCCACGCUCGGUGGCACUUGGGCAAAAGAACGCUUAUACCCGGGUUUGAAAAGCAACAACAUGCUGGGAACUUAUGAAUACCCUGACUUUCCCAUGGACAGUAAGAGAUUCAACAUCAAGCCAGGGCAGCAUAUUCCAGGCGAAACUAUCAGCAUCUAUCUCAAUGCAUAUGCCGACAAGUUUGGCAUUACCGACAAGAUCCGAUCCUGCCACAAGGUCAUUGUGGCAGAACAUCAAGAAACCAGUGAAGGUGGCUGGUUCCUGACAGUUGCGAACUCUCAAAAUGGAGAGAUCCGAGUGUUUGCUCGACGUCUGAUCAUUGCGACUGGCUUGACGUCGGAACCAUGGUUGCCCCAUUUCGAUGGUCAAGAGUCUUUCGGCGGUCGCAUCUUUCACGGCAAGUACUUCCAGCAGAAUGCGGAUACUCUGGAGACGGCCAAUACCGUGACAAUCUUUGGUGGCACGAAGUUUGCAUGGGAUGCCGUUUAUUCGUAUGCAACUGCUGGCGUGAAGGUGAAUUGGGUCAUCCGCUCGACGGGACAUGGUCCUUGCUGGAUGGCACCCCCUUAUGUCACUCCACUCAACAAGUGGUUGGAAAAGCUUGCUAACACACGAAUGUUGACCUGGUUCAGCCCUUGUUUGUGGGGCGAUGCUGAUGGCUACAUUGAGACGCGUCACUUUCUCCAUGGUACUGCCAUUGGGAGAACAAUUGUCGAUACUUUCUGGAAAGUGCUCGGAGGCGAUGUGAUGACGCUUAACGCAUACGACUCCCAUCCAGACACGGCAAAGUUAAAGCCGUGGACAGAGGCCAUGUUCACAGGCACCAGCUUCAGCAUUCUCAACUAUGACACCAACUUCUUUGACUUGGUCAAAGAAGGCAAGGUCAAAGUACAUCUCGGGGAGAUCGACCACCUCAGUUCUGGAACGGUUCAUCUAUCCGAUGGAACCAAGUUCUCUGCCGAUGUUCUGCUAGCUCACACCGGCUGGAAACACGUUCCACCGAUCAAGUUCCUCCCAGAGGGUAUCGAGACGGAGCUCGGUAUACCACACGCGCCUAUCAACAACGCGCCUCGAGAAGAUCUUGCUGGUCAGGCCGAUCUUGUUGACCUAGCCGACAAGGAGAUCCUGGCGCGCUUUCCAAGGCUCAAGGAUCAGCCGGUAUGGAACAAAGACUACGUGCCCCUGACCGAUCAAAAGGGCAUCGACAGCGACGACGCAGUGACUCCUUACCGAACCCUUACCCCGUACAUGCUUCAUCACUUCAUCGUCCCGCCAUCAGAACGCUUCUUACGCCCACGUGACACAGCUUUCAUCGGCAUGGUUGGCAACUUUAGUAACGUCAUCACGGCCCAUGUUCAAGGCCUGUGGAUCAGUGCGUACUUUUCAGGUCUUCUUGCCAGAGAUCCUGCGAAGGCAGUCGGUGACGACACGGCGAUGCAAAAGUUGCAAUACAACACGAUCUUAAUGAACCGCUUCGGUAAUUGGCGUUACCCUACAGAUUGGGGCUCCAAUAAGUGCCCGAGCUUCGUGUUUGAUGCUGUGCCUUACCUAGACCUGUUGCUGAGUGACCUUGGUCUCGCCCAUCACCGAAAGAGAGGAUUUAUGGCCGAGUGGUACUCGCCUUAUGGGCCAGAAGAUUACAGUGAUAUCAACGAGGAAUGGGACGAGAAGUUCGCGAAGGGCAAGGGUAUCGGUGCUACGUCAGGUCAGGAUUAA